AUGCUUCACGGGAAUGCUUUGGCUCUUUGGGGCUUGUGGAUAAGUGCGGUAUCUGCCGGGGUCCUGGUGCGAAAGGGAGGGCCCCUGGUGGACCAGAGCUUUGACUAUGUCGUCGUGGGAGGUGGCACUGCUGGAAAUGUCGUCGCAACAAGAUUGGCACAACGGUCUUUCCGAGUGGCCUUGGUCGAGGCGGGGGCAUACUAUGAAUUGGAUUCCUUAGCGGAGGUUCCUGCUGCAGAUGUGAUUCCUGUUGGCUCGGAUCCUGCUACGCCAUCCGCCGUCGACUGGGGAUUUGUUGCGUACAAGCAACCUGGGGCUAACGGGCGCGACGUCCACUAUGCUCGUGGAAAGUGUCUUGGUGGAUCUCCCACCAAAGAGUCGAUGGACCAAUGGGCAAAUGCCGUCAAUGACCAAAGUUAUACCUUCGACGAAACGCUCCCUUAUUACAAGCGGAGCGUCAAGUUCAGCCCACCAGAUACGAGCAAGCGUGCCCCAAACGCAACGGCAGAGUAUAAUGCAGCCGCUUUUGAUAGCAAUGGAGGACCGCUGGAUGUCUCAUACUCUUUUUAUGCACAGCCUUUCUCGUCGUGGAUGAAGAUAGGCAUGGAAGCGAUCGGCAUCAGUGAGACGGAAGAUUUCAACUCCGGCACAUUGAUGGGAGGGCAAUAUUGCUCCUCGACCAUCGACCCUUCGAACGAAUUUCGCAGCAGCUCCGAGUCAUCGUUCUUGAAGAAGGUCUCGGUGCCUUCACUCACUAUCUACACCAGCACUCUUGCAACGAAGAUUCUAUUCGAUAAGGAUAAGACUGCUACUGGUGUGCAGGUGAAAGGGCCCCUCGGAAACGUUGUCACGCUCUCGGCUUCGAAGGAGGUCAUCGUAUCGGCGGGCACGUUCCAGUCACCUCAGCUUCUUAUGGUCUCUGGCAUUGGACCCUCUGAAAUCCUGGAUGAGCAUCAGAUUGACCCCGUUGCUAUCCUCCCGGGCGUCGGCCAAAACAUGCAAGAUCAUCCUUUCUUAGCGCUCUCCUACCGAGUCAAUGUCGUGACCCUCACCUCGUUCGCGAGAAAUCUGGUGUUUGCCGCUGGGCAGCUCCUCGAUGGGGUGAUUGCAAAGAACGGAAUGCUCGUCAAUCCCAUUGCUGACUAUCUAGCAUGGGAGAAAAUCCCUCAGCGUCUCCGCUCGCAUUGGUCGCAAUCGACCCAAGAAGCUCUGGCUAAGUAUCCGGGCGAUUGGCCAGAAGUUGAGUAUGUCUCUGGUGCUGGCUAUAUCGGCGACUUUUCGAAUCUCCUCGUAAACCAACCAAGUGAUGGCUACAACUACGCGUCCAUCCUUGGGGUCCUCAUUGCACCACUAUCACGGGGCAGCGUAUCCCUUCAAUCAUCCGACACCUCUGACCUGCCAAUCAUCAACCCGAACUGGCUAGAUCACCCUGCCGACCAGGAAGUAGCCAUUUCAAUGUUCAAAAGGAUCCGCGAAGCUUUCCAAAGCGACGCCAUGAAGCCCAUCGUCAUUGGCGAGGAGUACUUUCCCGGCAUGCAAGUUCAGUCCGAUACCGACAUUCUUCAAUGGAUCAAGAACAAUAUGAUGACUCUCUGGCACGCGUCGUGUACUUGCAAGAUGGGAACCUCCAAGGAUGCCAUGGCUGUUAUUGACUCGCGCGCCCGGGUCUUCGGGGUGCAGAAGCUUCGCGUGGUGGAUGCGAGUUCGUUCCCCUUUCUUCCGCCAGGGCAUCCGCAGUCAACAGUUUAUAUGCUCGCCGAAAAGAUCGCGGACGAUAUCAUUCACAAUUCAUAG